CCGAGCGACGCAGAAGGGCUCCGCCUGGUGCCCGGAGCGGAGGCGAAAAUGUGUUGUGCGUGAGGUAUCUCUGCGGUGUGCGUCUUUGGCGAGUCUCAUGGAUGUAGUGAUUGGAGCAAGCACGAGUGCCUGAUCCCAUGAUGGUUGACAUGGAUCCGAGUUUCGAGCCCCAGACUCGGGCUCGAUCCAACACAUGGCCACUACCACGGCCGGAUAAUUAUAUGGACAAAGAUGCCGACGACAAAGUGCCCGGGGGUCAGACAGAACCCUUCACCGAAACUGCGGUGGCGCCGAAGAAAAAUUCGUCCCGCCGCAACGCCUGGGGGAAUAUGUCGUACGCGGACCUCAUAACACAAGCGAUCCAAAGCUCGCCGGAGAAGCGGCUCACACUGUCUCAGAUCUACGAUUGGAUGGUGCAAAAUGUGCCCUACUUCAAGGAUAAGGGAGACAGCAACAGCUCAGCUGGAUGGAAGAAUUCCAUUCGGCACAACUUGUCGCUGCACAACCGGUUCAUGAGGGUGCAGAACGAAGGCGCGGGCAAGAGUUCAUGGUGGGUACUCAAUCCGGAUGCCAAGCCGGGAAAGGCAGCAAGAAGAAGGGCGACCUCCAUGGAGACUCCCCGCUAUGAAAAAAAGAGGGGCCGCCUCAAGAAGAAGCUCGAAGCACUCAGAGCAUCGCCGACGAGUCCUUCGUCGUCUGAGGGAGGCACAGCCGGCCUAGACGCGUUCCCCGAGUCUCCGUUCGGAACGCCGAGCAGCAUUGACUGGGCGCCCCGUCCGGACAGGUAUGGUGCCGAUCCUCUGGCCGACACGCUCACUCACUCCAUGACGCUGGCCGAGCGUUCCCCUUACGCGUACCGGGACGGCGUAGCGACACCGGCGCAACCUGCCUUCGUGGAAGAGGAAGGCGUAUCGCUGGGCACCACGGCAUCGCAGGUGGGCACCGAAGGACCGGCCUCCACACUACGCGUUGUGGUAGGCCACUUACUGCAGUCGCUGGGCGCCCCUGACCCCCUGCCUCAAGACCUCGACCUGUUGGAGUCGCUGCAAGGUGGAUUAGAGUGCGACGUGGACCAGGUGAUCCGACACGAGCUUAGCGUCGACGGGAACCUCGACUUCAACUUCGACUCGCACGCCCGGCCUUGGGUCCAUUGAGCUCAGCCACGCUCUAGUCCUCCCCCAUGUACAUAACCCCGUCAUCAAACGCCCGGGGUGCCGACACAGAGGACGACGUCUCAGGGCUGUGCCUUUUAUUAGGGACCGCCGGCGAUUGGACGAGUAAAUUCCUCAUCCGGUUUGAGGGUCCAGUGAUAGGACAGUUCGCUCGCCUCAGAUGGCCAAUCAGAGGAACGGUGGAAGGCAGGGUUGUUGUUAUUGUUGUUAACUGUCGUCUGGUACGAGUCUGUGCGUGGUAUAGCUUUUGAUGCCAGGUGUAAGACUGCGCUAUAGCCGGGGUAAGCCUUCCUUCUGGUGCCGAGCUUGUGAUUAGAUGGCGCUGACGAUUAUCUUUAGCGUGGAUGUGGUAACGGACUCCGAAAAUAACUGCCGCAGAAGUUGCGACCAGAGGCCGCUGGCAUGGUUCCCGAUGUGGUUUGACUGCCUCGAUCCCGGCUACUGUUGUGAACCCUAGCUGAGGAACUGCCGCUGGGCUUCUACCCGUUGCCAAACUAGUAGGCAGAGACCUCUGGUGAGGCUUCCAGGUGACCCCAUGGAAUCCUCGAAGAAAGUUGGAAGCUCCUCUUCUGGAUUUCGCAGGUUUCGCCUUGAUCUCACUAGGUGACGCUUCGAUGCAACGUUACCUACCGUGACGUGACGGUUUAGGACGUGACGUCGCAUCGAGCGCCACCCAAUGAGUAUCGUUCGUGGCGACGCGAUCCCUGCUCACGUAAACGCAUGGACGGAUCCGCAAGUAAGCUAGCACUGCCUUAUGGUUGAAAAGAGGACAAAAUUGGGCCAUAUUUGUCACACUCUCACAAGAAAAAAAAAGUGAUUUUAGCCCCAUUAGUCACUUUUGGGAAUAAAUUUAUGGAAGUUUAUACGAAGUCGGGGGACUAUUUGCAGUGUGUGGGACUAAAGUUCAGCGUCAGGGGGACUAGAGUGGGGAGUAACAGCAAUCUGGGGAACUGGAAGCUGCAGUUGCUUCCCAAUUUACACACUUUUUUUUUUCCCCCUGCUGGAUGCGUCCCUGUUGAGAACGGUUCAGGCAGCUAAGGCCGAGGUAUAGGUGGGUCGAGUCCCACGAAGAAACUCGUUUCAUGUACAAGUCUGUGAAGUCGCUUGUGAUACUGGACUCUUAUUAAAACAGAUGAGUGUGUCGUGUACGGCGGAUUCUCGCAAGCCCGUAUAGGAGUUCCAUAUAUAUCCUGUAUUCGCGAGAGUGGCAUUCCCCAGAAUAAUCCGGAAGCGGAAGACGAGCAAAACGUCACAGCUUUCUGCUGCAACGGGAGCGCUCAACAAAAUGCCAUUUCGUCUAACCCACGACCUACUAUAGAUUAUAGCGACCACGUCAUUUGCACCUCCCUUUUCGUCGCAGCAUUCGAAGCCUACCGGUGGCGCUACAUAUCGACCCGUUUAUUGUACCUUUGGAUUCUUUUUUUUUUGUACAAGCGGCGCACGUCGCACGUGAAAUGAGUUCUUGUUAAAGUUGUAAAUUCAUCAUCAGCAUCAUCAUCAUCACUGUUUUCUUGGGAACUGUUGCGUACGGUCGUAUAAUUAGUACUUGGAGUAGCUUUAGAGGUAUAGAGUGUGUCAGCCUAGUUUGGUGACACGCUGCACGUGCCGCAGAGUAGGAUAAUUUUGACCACCUAGUGUUCUUCGACGUGCGCCGGAAAUCUCAGACACACCGUGUCCGCUUCUGCGCGUUCAAAAUUCGAAUUUCCAUUAUCCAAUCACGAUGGAGAUCUCGCGGGCCGAUGCGUAGCGCCCCUAACGGAUAGUGCGGACGGGCUCCUGCAUAGGAGUUGCCGUUUUUAUGACAUUGUAGUUCUAAUCUAGUAGGUCGUGGUCUAACCAUGGUGCAUUUCCUGCGGCUCAGCUACAAGAUAUUCCGUAGCAGACGACAGGGCCAUGGUGUCGUCUGCAACGUGCGCAGUACGCCACUUUCGAUAUUCCGGCGCGAGUGCUCAACGUAUAAGACGCGGCGGAACUUGCUUUCUCUUCUACUAGAAUGUUCCAUCGGAAUGUCGCUCAUGCGAAUACACGGACACACCGAGCUUCCACGUGAACAAAGUACGCAGAAGCGCUCGUCCAAGAAGUCAUCCAACCAUACUGUAAUAUAAUACAAACGCGUUGCUCUGAAGAGUUGUUGUUGAUGUUGUUGUUGCUUUUAACGCAGCCAUGUGCCCAUUUCAUUAGAUGAAAACACGAGGCGCCAUUGUUGCUCAAACAGAGUCGCUAGUCUUGAGAGGGACUCAGGGGGGGGCAAGGGUGACUUUCGACUAUGGCGUCCAAACCCUGGUGCGACCGGCUCCCCCUUCUUCCGGAAGGCACCCCGGGCCCAUUACUGCUACCGCUGUGAAUAUACGCCGCUUGUACAUAUUGAGCUUUUCUGAAAGCCGUUGGAAAAAAAAAGAGCCUAUUUUUGGGACGCUGCAGUCCUGUCAAUCAAAAAAAAUGCCGCCUCUGUAUACGCCAAUAUACAUGUCACAGAUGAAUAAAGUAUUUGUUGCAAGAAU